AUGGAGCCGGCCGGGGACGGCGGCGCGAUGGCGGCGGCGCUGAGGGCGGCCAAGCAGCAGCUGCGGGCGGAGCUGCGGCAGCGCCUGCGGGCGCUCAGCGCGGCCGAGAAGCAGCGCCAGUCCCGGCUGCUCGGGCGCAAGGUGAUUGACCAUCCCAAGUACCAAGAAUCCAAAAGAAUUGCAAUCUUCCUGAGCAUGCCAGAUGAAGUCCAGACAGAAGAAAUCAUUAAGGACAUUUUUAAGCAAGGCAAGGAGUGUUUCAUCCCCCGUUACAAACCUCAGAGCAAUCACAUGGACAUGCUGAAGUUAUCAUCAGCUGAAGACAUGUCUUCACUUGCUUUGACAUCCUGGAAUAUUCUUCAGCCCAGUGAUGAUGACACUGCAAGAGAGGAAGCUCUUGCUGGUGGAGGUCUUGACCUUAUCUUCAUGCCAGGCCUUGGGUUUGACAAAAAAGGCAACAGAUUGGGAAGAGGGAAAGGAUAUUAUGAUACCUAUCUUGAAAGAUGUAUGAAACAUCCCCGUGGAAAGCCUUACACAAUUGCUUUGGCUUUUAGAGAACAGAUUUGUGAAUCAGUGCCUGUGACAGAAAAUGAUGUUCCAAUAGAUGAAAUCCUUUAUGAAGACUGCUGAAAGUGUUUUGAUACCAACCUACCUCCAGAGCAAGCAGCCAAAAAAGGGGUCAUAUCCAUCAAUCAUGUUUUUUUCUAAUUGUCAUGUAAGGCUUUGGGACCAAUAAAAUACACUAUUUGUGUUUGAGGAGGGGGGGAAACCUCCAAAAACAGUGUAACUGUGGUAAUAGUAGUGAGGAUUGUGUUGAUUUGCUUCUAAUUAGCAAAUGUCUGGUGUGAAUUCUUAUUCUAGAAUCAAUACAAACAAGAAUGAGUGACUGUUUAUUACAGUAAGAACCAUUUCUCCUCAUAAUAUUUUUGAGGUACCAGCUUCUUGAUACUAAGGAGUUUUAUUAUUCUGGUUUAAAAGUGAACUGCCUAGUAAUGACAGCUGUUGAUCCAUUCUGGAAUUAGAUACUUGUAAUGGUAAAAGUUCUUAGUACUUAGAUAUUGUGUGCAUCCAUGAGGAAAACAAGGAAUUUAUGGAGAUGUCUUAGAGUAAGCUGGGAAAAAAUGGUGAUGGGGAAAAAAAGCCUUAAUUAAUUUUAGUCUAUGCAGUAAUUUUGACUGUUUACUUGGCUCCUUGCAGUUGUCCUAAAAUAAAGGGAGUACUUGUUAAUAAAGAAAGAUUGAUGUCCAUAA